AUGAGACGUUUCGGGAUGGAACCAAUUUGGACAUCGGAAGAUACUAGGAAUGCUGUCUUGGCUAGCCUGAUACCUGGUACCACUGCUUUCGCGGCAUUUGCUGUAUUUGCAAACGAUCGCAGUGUUGUAGAUUGGUGGACACAUGCAAAGAAACCAGAUUGGGCUCCAAAGGAUCCAGUGGUAUAUUCUCUUUUCGAUAUUGCAACACUAAGCCCUUUGGGGUAUGCAUCUUAUCUUGUUUACAAGAAUGGAGGUGGUUUACAGUACACUGAUACGAAGAUGGCGCUUGGAUUAUAUGGGUUAAAUAUGGUUUUUGCUCUCACAACAAUUCCUUUAAUCAAAAAGAGAAGUUUUACAUCUCUGUUCCGAAACACAAUACUUUUGAAUGCAACAGCAAUUGGCGCAGCAUUCGCGUUUUAUAAGAUCGACAAAACAGCUGGUCAACUUCUGCUUCCAUAUGCAAUUUGGACUGGCUUUUAUGCUCUUCUUACCUAUUCGAUGAGUAAGGAAAAUGUGUCGGAGCACUAA